GUCUCUGUGGUGUGACGGAAGUAGGUUGGGUGCUUGCUGUUGUUUACCGCUUGGAGAGCUGAUGUCCAUGUAAAUAAAGUGGGGAAAGGCAAGGAGUCUUGCAGAAAAAAACCCAGAACACUGUGUGCCUGCCUCAACUGAGGCUGCCCCAUCAAGCUCAUAUGGCACAGCAACGUGGAGUUAAUAGCCUUCGCUUCAAUCAAGAUCAGAGCUGCUUCUGCUGUGCUAUGGAGACAGGAGUUCGGAUCUAUAAUGUAGAACCUCUUAUGGAGAAGGGGCACCUCGAUCACGAACAGGUGGGCAGCGUGGGGCUGGUUGAAAUGCUACACCGAUCUAAUCUCCUUGCUGUUGUAGGAGGAGGUGGCAACCCCAAAUUCUCUGAGAUCUCAGUCUUGAUCUGGGAUGAUUCCCGUGAAGGGAAGGAAGGCAAAGACAAACUGGUGUUGGAGUUCACCUUCACCAAACCAGCGUUGGGUGUUCGUAUGAGGCAUGACAAAAUAGUAAUUGUGCUGCGGAAUCGAAUCUAUGUGUACUCCUUCCCUGACAACCCCACUAAGCUCUUUGAGUUUGACACUAGGGACAACCCCAAAGGGCUUUGUGAUCUCUGUCCCAGUUUAGAAAAGCAACUCCUGGUUUUCCCUGGGCAUAAAUGUGGCAGCUUGCAGCUUGUGGAUCUUUCCAGUACCAAGCCUGGGACCUCAUCUGCCCCAUUCACCAUCAAUGCUCAUCAGAGCGAGAUUGCCUGCAUUUCCCUCAACCAGCAGGGCACUGUGGUGGCCUCUGCCUCAAAGAAAGGAACCCUGAUCCGCCUCUUUGACACACAGACCAAGGAGAAGCUAGUGGAGCUCAGGAGAGGGACUGAUCCAGCCACUUUGUAUUGCAUUAACUUCAGCCACGACUCUUCAUUUCUCUGUGCAUCCAGUGACAAAGGGACUGUCCAUAUCUUUGCUCUGAAAGACACCCGAUUAAACCGCCGCUCAGCAUUGGCCCGUGUGGGAAAGGUUGGGCCUAUGAUAGGUCAAUAUGUGGAUUCGCAGUGGAGCUUGGCCAGCUUCACUGUGCCAGCGGAGUCUGCCUGCAUCUGCGCUUUUGGGAGGAACACUUCCAAGAACGUCAACUCAGUCAUUGCUAUCUGUGUGGAUGGUACUUUCCAUAAAUAUGUCUUCACUCCUGAUGGAAACUGCAACCGUGAGGCCUUUGAUGUCUACCUGGAUAUAUGUGACGAUGAUGACUUUUGAAUGUAGCUUUGCUCCCUUUGUUCAGGCAAAAGCAUGUGAGGCUGAAGCAUUGAAAUCCAGUGUUACGCAAGCAGCAACAGGAGUUUCCUUUCUUCUCCACCUGUGCCCCCAUUUGCUCCAGAAGGUUCCCUAACAAAUUUGGAGGUGUGGGGGGAAGCUGCAGGGGAUGGGAAUUCUACUGGCAGAAGACCAUCAUUAGAUAUAAUGUGAAGGUUUUUAGCCAAGGAUGAGUGCUGAGAUAGGAAAGGCUGAAAGAACCCUGCAGAAUGUUGGUGUAGGAUGGGCUGAAUUCUUGAGAACAGCUGGAUUCUUUAUUUCUUGAUGCCACAUUUCCAGAAGUGCUGUUCUUACUGCUGCUCUAGCUCAGCUGCCCUGUUCACGUAGGACUGAGAAAUACACACCGACGGCUGUGUUUUGGCAGCAAGAACACGUCAGAACUCUGCUCCUCCUAUAUCUUGGAACCUCAGGAGGCUGCCUGAUGUUGAUGGACAUUUGGGGAGUAGAGAAAGGGCAGAGUUAUAAUUAAAAAUCAAGAACAGAUGUUUAUGUUCUUUAACAGUCUGUGAUC